AUGGCGACGCCCAGAACCAGGAACCCCGUUCCUCCAUGGAUACAAACCCCGUAUCCGCACGUCGAGCACAGCCUGAUAACGUUUCCUCGAAAGCACAUCCUCCUCGUCACGAUCAACCGGCCCGGCCACAUGAACUGCCUCCCCGUCGAAGCGACCAUCGAACUCGGCGCGCUGUGGAAGUGGUACGACGCCGAACCGGAACUGCGGUGUGCCGUCUUCACGGGAGCGGGGAACAAGGCCUUUUGCGCGGGCAUGGACCUGAAGCAAAGGCUGGACAUCAUCAAGACGAACGACGUGGCGUACGAGUAUCCCUCGGGGCAGUUUGCCGGCAUGAGCAACAGGACGGGGAGAAAGCCCAUCAUCGUGGCAUGUAAUGGUCACGCACACGGCGGCGGUUUCGAGGCGAUCCUCAACGCGGACGUCAUCUUCGCAUCCCCGAACGCUACCUUCCGGCUUCCCGAGGUGCUCCGCGGGGUCUCUGCUCUCGCGGGCGCGCUGCCCCGGUGCAUGGUGCUCUUUGGCAACCACCGAACGAUGGACCUGGUCCUCACCGGCCGCACCAUGUCCGUGGAAGAGGCGAGGGAGUGGGGGCUGGUGAAGGAGAUCAUGCCGCAAGAGAAGCUGCUUGAGAGGGCUCUGGACUACGCGGGUCAGAUUGCCGCGCUGAGUCCUGACAGCGUCAUCAUCUCGCGGUUGGCCGCGCGGGAGGCGUGGGAGACGGGCGUCAGUAGGGCGACGAUGCGCGGCCAGGAGUUGUGGGCUGAGGCGAUGCUGAGGAGCAAGAACGCAGAAGAAGGACUCGCUGCGUAUCGUGAAAAGAGGAGUCCUAAGUGGUUUCCAUCACAUCUGUAG